AUGCCUUCCAGCUUGAUUCUCUUAUUGACAUCAAUAUACGCUUUGUUUAUCGAGGUCUUUAUAUUUUGGAGAAAUAAGCUACGGGCUUGGUACAGAAAGAAGAAGCCAAAGGAAUGUUUACUUGAGGAACUUUCUCACGCGGAAACCUACGAGCAGUGGCAAGAUACCGCGAUUAAGCUUGACGCAGAGCUAGGAAAUGAUUUGUGGCGGCAUGACCCUACCAGUACGGAUUACGACUAUCAAUUCAUCCGCGACUCCCUCCGACGCCUAAAAGAAGCAAGGAAGGACGGUGAUAUCGUAAGACUCGUGAACCUUGUACGUUCUGGUCUGCUUCGGAAUCUGGGAAACAUAUCGCACAUAAACCUUUUCAAUCGCUCCUAUGCUGGUAGCAAAUACUUGAUCGGUGAAUAUGUCUCGGAAGUUGUCAGUUGCUUGAAUUAUAUUGCCAACUUAGAACCAACCCCCCAACUCACGUCACAAGCAAAACUGGAUCUUUUCCACGAUACAAGGCAGUCGUUUGGGCGCUCAACGCUUGUUCUGCAGGGAGGCGCGAUGUUUGGACUGUACCAUCUUGGCAUCGUUAAGGGUCUUCACCUCCGUGGCCUGCUGCCUAGAAUAAUAACAGGAACUGGCGUGGGAGCGCUGAUAGCCGCACUGGUUGGGAUACACCCAGAGGAGGAGUUGAUAAGGUUCCUUGCUGUUGAUGGAAUAGAUCUCAGUGCCUUUGAUACAAAAAAGAAGGAAGGUAGUUUGAAGAGGAAACUGAUGAGAUUCUGGAAGCACGGGUACUUUUUAGACGUGAAAGUGCUGGAGGAGUGUGUAAGAGCCAAUGUCGGUGAUCUGACCUUUGAUGAGGCCUAUCAGAAGACCAAGCGGAUCUUGAACAUCACUGUCUCGACUGCUAAGAGAAACGGGGUCCCAAAGUUGCUCAAUUAUCUUACUGCGCCGAACGUGUUGAUCUGGUCUGCUGCUUGCGCCUCUAACGCAACCUCAACCCUCUACGAUAGUGUUGAGCUGAUGUGCAAAGACGAGAAUGGCGCGAUAGUUCCCUGGGUCGAUCAAGAGAUCACCUGGCAGCGCUGGACACAGGCUUCAAACGCAGACCGCGAUUCCCCACAGACUCGAAUCGCCGAGCUCUUCAAUGUCAACCACUUUAUUGUUUCUCAAGCUCGCCCGUACCUUGCCCCAUUCCUAAUGUCCGAUCUCCACCGCCACGGCCGUCAUGGCAUCACCUUGAAGAUAGUGCACUUACUGGGUUUAGAGAUCCGGCACAGAUUGGGCCAGCUCGACCUUCUUGGUUUUUUGCCAUUCGGGCUGCGAACAUUCCUCAUUGACGAGACCAUCCCAGGUGCCAGCGUCACAGUGGUCCCGCACCUCAGGUUGGCUGAUUUUGAGCAAUUGCUGCAAAACCCAGAUAAGCAAACAGUCAAGUAUUGGAUUGAGAAGGGUGAGCGAAGCAUUUGGCCUGCAGGAGAGCUUCUCAAGGCUAGAUGUGAAAUUGAGUUUACCCUGGAUAGACUGUAUCUGAAUGUGAGAGAUAGCCUUCAGGUUUCUCGAGGAGGGAUCGAGUGCCCGGACAAAGACAACGGAACGCCUAGGAUGGAGGUUAGGCAGCGGGCGGUCAAUGAAGGCAGUGUAAUCACUGGCCACAAUAGGAGGUUGUCGAGCUGA